AUGGCUUCCUCUACUAUUCACGACCCACUCAGCAUGGACCUGUCUGCGGCAACAACAGACCUGCUCGAGUUUCUUGAUACCCAGACUUAUAUCAAACUCACCGACAAGAUACUGUCGCCCCUCCAGCGCCACGCACUCACCGUCUUUGCCGACGGGACCAAGGUCCUGACCCGCCAGGAGACCGGUCAGGUCCUCAACAUUCUGUCGAACUUGCUUAAGAACGAACACCUUGCCUGCAAGGUUGUUCAGCUCUUCCGGCCAAUUCUCCUCGAUUUGGUUGCUCGUUGGCUUGUCUCCGACCCAGCGUCGUCACCCCUUUUAGAUCAGACUCAGCAGAUGUCCGACAACAACAGCCUUGCCGAUCAUAACAGGAAUUCGCAGCAGGAUCUCGAGAGCAUGGCUAGAGCAUUCGCGCUCAUCCUCCCUAUUGUCCCACAAGUGAAAAGCUUCGCUGUGAGACUCUUCUCUCAAUAUCCCUCACCAUUGGAAUGGCUCAACACACUCACAGAAAGCGAUCUUAACGCACCCUCAGAGGCCGUAACGAAACGAGCCCAGGACACUUUGAUGACUUGCUUCCGCCUUUUGAACUUUUCACAACCGACCUUCGGAUCACUUUGGGACUGGACACCACUCUAUAACUUGCUCUCAUUCAACGACGAGGCACUGAAGUACCUUGCUAUCCGCUGCCUCGCCAUUGUUCUCGACAUCAGGGAUGACCAGAUUGGAUCCGCCUUGAAGGUUCACCUUGCAGAGGGAACCGACAUUAGCUGGAUCGUUGGUUCUCAAAAAUACAAAGCAGACUUGCUCACCUUGAUGGAGCAGGACCGCAUCUCGACCGAACAGCUCGCACUCUUUGGAAACACAGCAGUCGUGGAAUCAAAGGAUCCAUACAGGAGACUUACAGCUGAGGAUCUCUCACCACUCACCGUCAAUCUCUGUGGAGUCCUCCUCCCCAGAUCCACCAGCCCACAGCACGAGCAGUCAACUUUGCCAGAACACAAGCUUGUUUUGACAGAAACAACAAAGCAUAACCUCCAUUCCAUCGGCCUUGCUCUCUCCAUCGGUGCCCCAGUCUUGCUCGAGGGUGUCACCGGCGCAGGAAAGACGGCCCUUGUCGAGGAGGUUGCCCGAGUCACCGGUCGCGAUGACUUGGUCAAGAUUCAUUUGGGAGACCAGACGGAUUCAAAAGUGCUUUUGGGAACAUAUGUGUCGACCUCCAAGCCAGGAUCUUUCAAGUGGCAGGCUGGAGUUCUCACAACUGCCGUCAGGGAUGGAAAGUGGCUGUUGAUCGAGGAUAUCGACCUUGCUCCUAUGGAGGUUCUCUCGGUCCUCCUGCCUUUGCUCGAAUCCAGGACCCUCUUUAUCCCCAGCCGAGGCGAGAAGAUCCCCGCCAGCGAGGAUUUCCAACUCUUUGCCACCAAAUCGAUGAUCCCUACCCGUUCGGGACGUAUGAUGGCGCGUAAUGUGAGCGGGACAGACGGAAGCAUCGGAGCCAACCUCUGGACCCGAGUUCAGGUCAACUCCCUCUCUCACGAGGAGUUGUCGCAGAUCAUCCACGAGCGCUUCCAAGACCUUGGCGACCAAGUGUUGCCCAAUCUGAUUAUGACAGUCUUCCAGAGCAUCGCCAUCACCUUUGCAUCAUCCGAGUUCUCUACAUCACAGUCCAUGGUCUCACGCACAAUCUCACCCCGUGAUCUCAUGAAGUGGUGCACUCGUAUCGACACUCUCAUCAAGGCCAAGGGCGGGUACAUGGCACUCGGCAACCUGAUCAGUUCAAAGCGAGGAGUCGACCCCGCCAUCUUGCAGGAUCUCUUCUCGGAGGCCGUCGAUUGCUUCUGUUCCAUGAUUGCCGAGUAUGACGUCUGGGAAAAGGUGCUUAUCCGCCUUGGAGCUGCUCUCACGAUACCGGAGCAAAUGGUUCGCCAUUACAUCAACACCUAUACGCCCGAGUUGGAUGACCGGAAUCCCGACAGGAUCACCAUCGGUCGUGUGACCCUUCCUAUCCUCACCGUAGAGCAGGGAGGAUCCCGGAAAAAGAACAAGCGUUCGGAUUUCGCCAAGACCGCCCAUGCUGCCAAGUUGAUGGAACGGAUCGCCGUUUCGGUUCACUUGAACGAGCCUGUCUUGCUUGUCGGAGAGACCGGAACAGGAAAGACGACGGUGGUUCAACACCUCGCCAGUCUUUUGAACCACAACUUGACCGUCAUCAACCUUUCUCAACAGUCGGAUUCUUCAGAUUUGCUCGGAGGAUUCAAGCCAGUGGAUGUCAAGGUGUUGGCUGUGCCGCUCAAAAACACGUUCGACGACCUCUUUUGCAGGACAUUCUCCAGGAAAAAGAACCAGCAGUUCAUCAACCUUGUCGAUAAGUACUACCUUCACAGCAAGUGGGAUGCGCUCAUCAAGACCUGGUCCAAGUCGAUCGAAAUGGCCGAGGCCAAGUUCGACACCUCCAAGCAGACUGCCGACGGCGAAUCUGUUACUUCCAAGAAGUUCUCCCCUACGCUGAAGAAAGACUGGCAGACGUUCGCCGACCAACUCUCGACCCUCAAGGAGACCUACUCUGCCUCAUCCGCGAAGUUCGUGUUCUCGUUCCUGGAGGGAGCCCUCGUCAAGGCCGUCCGCCGCGGAGACUGGAUUCUUUUGGACGAAAUCAACUUGGCUUCAACGGAGACUCUGGAAUCACUCAGUGGAUUGUUGCAGGACGAAAAUGGCAGUAUUCUGUUGGCUGAGCGUGGUGAUUCGGAACCUGUCGUACGCCACAAGAACUUCAGGGUGUUUGCCUGUAUGAACCCCGCUACCGAUGUCGGCAAGAAGGACCUUCCCCCCGGCCUCCGAAACCGAUUCACAGAGUUCUAUGUCCACCCACCAGAUGCCAGACGAGAGGAUUUGCUGGAGAUCAUCAAAAAGUACCUGGAGGGUGCCGCCAUUGGAGACCAGCGUGCCAUGAUCGACAUUGCCGACUUUUACAUGGCUGUCAAGGCUCUGAGCAACGCCCACAAGUUGGCUGACGGUGCUGGUCAAAGACCUCACUUCUCUAUGAGAACUUUGACUCGCGCACUGCAGUUCGUCCGCGAGAUUGUCACCACCUACGGAUUGCGACGAUCGAUGUACGAGGCCUUCAGCAUGACGUUCCUGACUCAGCUGAGCAAGGAGAGUGAGCGCGUUGUCCAGGCUCUGGUCGAGAAACAUUUACUCAAUGGCGUCAGGAACCCCCGUUCGGUCAUCUCUCAGAUUCCCCGCCGGCCCGAGUCCAGCGAAGGCAAGGAGAUGAUCCAGUUUGGCCACUUCUGGCUUCAAUGCGGUUCCCACCCUGUUCGCGAUGAUGGUCAGUACAUCUUGACCUCCUCCGUCGAACACAACCUCAACAACCUUUCGCGUGUUGUCAUGACAAGACGCUUCCCCAUCCUGAUCCAAGGUCCCACCUCUGCCGGAAAGACCUCGAUGAUCGAGUACCUCGCCCACCGAUUGGGCCACAAGUUUGUCCGUAUCAACAACCACGAACACACCGAUUUGCAGGAAUACAUCGGAACCUACAUUUCCAACACGGAGGGCCAGCUGGUCUUCCAGGAGGGUGUUUUGGUAGAGGCUCUCAAGAAUGGAUACUGGAUCGUACUGGAUGAGUUGAACUUGGCCCCUAGUGAUGUUCUUGAGGCGCUCAACCGUCUUUUGGACGAUAACCGAGAGCUGGUCAUCCCCGAGACUGGCGAGAUUGUCAAGCCCCACCCUGACUUUAUGCUCUUCGCCACCCAGAACCCCGCCGGAAUGUACGGAGGACGUAAGCAGCUCUCGCGCGCGUUCCGAAACCGUUUCUUGGAGCUGUUCUUUGACGAGAUCCCCGAGAACGAGCUCGAGACCAUUCUCUCCCAGCGCUGCACUAUGGCGCCCAGCUACUGCAAGCGCUUGGUCGAGGUCUACAAGAAGCUGAUGGCACGUCGCCAGACCACCCGUCUGUUCGAGCAAGGACAUGGAUUCAUUACUCUUCGUGAUCUUUUCCGUUGGGCAGGCCGUGGCGCUAACAGCUACGAGGAGUUGGCCAUGGACGGCUACAUGAUCUUGGCUGAGAGGUGCCGUAAGGACGAGGAGCGCGUUGUCGUCAAGGAGGUCCUGGAGGAGGUCAUGAGGAGCACGAUUGAUCAGGACAAGAUGUACAACUGCCCUGAGGUCCACGAAUACAUUGAGCGUUUCCAUGGCGGUCGAGAGAACGUUGUCUGGACCAAGGCUAUGAAGCGUCUCUUCACUCUUGUGAGUCGCUGUCUUAAGAACAACGAGCCUGUCCUGCUCGUCGGAGAGACUGGAUGCGGAAAGACAACGGUCUGUCAAAUGUUGUCCGAGUACCUCGGCCUCGAGUUGGUCAUUGUCAACUGUCACCAAAAUACCGAGACGGCCGAUCUUCUUGGAGGACAGAGACCCGUUCGUAACAACCAGAGUUUGGUCGCAGCCACCAAGAUCGAGAUUGCCAAGUUCCUUGCCGAUGCUGGCGCCGAGUUCACCUUUGUCCCCGAGGAAGCCGACUUGGAUGUCUUUGUCUCUGCUUUCGAGAACUGCGUCAAGACCAACCAGAUGGAGUCUAAGACGCUGGAGGAUGGCACCGAGCUUAUCACCGUCAUCACCGAGCUUCGCAGAACGUACCGUCAAGCUACCACCCUUUUCGAGUGGCACGACGGUCCCUUGGUGCAGUCGAUGAAGGAGGGUCAUCUGUUCCUGUUAGAUGAGAUCUCCUUGGCUGACGAUUCGGUCCUGGAGCGUCUCAACAGUGUCCUUGAGCCCCAGCGUCUUUUGGUUCUGGCCGAGAAGGGAGGCAAGACGGUCGAGGUCAUGAACGGUGCCCCCAACUUCCAGUUCUUGGCCACCAUGAACCCUGGAGGCGACUAUGGUAAAAAGGAGCUGUCGCCCGCUCUUCGCAACCGUUUCACCGAAAUCUGGGUCCCUGCCGUUACCGAUCGCGAGGAUCUGGUCAAAAUUAUCGAGGAGCAGAUCACGUACAAGAACGAGAUGACCGGAUUCGCGGACCGAAUUCUCGACUUUGUUGCCUGGUUCACCCAUGAGCUUGGCAAGAGCCGCGUCGUUGUCAGUCUGAGAGAUAUUCUGGCCUGGGUCCGGUUCAUGAACGAGCUGAUGGCCAAGGGUCUGCUGAGUCCCGAGGAGGCCUUUGUCCACGGAGGAAGUCUGGUGUUGCUCGAUGGUCUUGGAUCCAACGCUUCUGCAGGAGGUGCUUCUCUCACUGGCGAUCUCCUGAAGGAGUUCCGUCUUCGUUCUCUGGCUGCCCUGAGCAAGAACGACGAUGUUAUCCACCUUGGCGAGGCUGCCGUUUUCGCCGAGGGCACCGGUACUGUCAAGAACGACAGCCAGGAAUUCGGUAUCACUCCCUUUUUCAUCAAGAAGGGAGAGCUCGAGAACCAAAAGAUCAAGUUCACUCUCCUAGCGCCGACCACCACCGACAACGCCAUGCGCGUCCUUCGUGCCUUGCAGCUCCGAAAGCCUAUUCUUCUGGAAGGUUCCCCCGGUGUGGGCAAGACGUCCCUUGUCGCUGCCCUCGCUACCGCUUCCGCCCACAACCUUGUCAGGAUCAACUUGUCCGAGCAGACGGAUUUGAUGGAUCUGUUUGGUUCGGAUCUUCCCGUCGAGGGAGGAAACAGCGGAGAGUUUGCCUGGAGAGACGCCCCUUUCCUUCAGGCCAUGAAGAACGGCGACUGGGUCUUGUUGGAUGAGAUCAACUUGGCCAGCCAGAGUGUUCUCGAGGGUCUCAACUCUUGUCUCGACCACCGUGGUUCCGUUUACAUCCCCGAACUGGACAGGACCUUUGCCUGCGACAUGAACUUCCGCGUCUUUGCUGCUCAGAACCCCUUGCAGCAGGGAGGUGGACGUAAGGGUCUCCCCAAGUCCUUUGUCAACCGUUUCACCCAGGUCUUUGUGGAGCAGCUGACGGACGGCGAUAUCCUUUUCAUCUGCAAGCACCUCUUCCCUCAAGUUGAAGAUUCGAUGCUCCAAAAGAUGAUCGACUUCAACUACCAAAUGUUCGAGGAGACCAUGGUCAAGCUCAGCUUCGGUCGCAAGGGAAGCCCCUGGGAGUUCAACUUGCGCGAUGUCUUCCGCUGGAUGGAGUUGAUGACCUUGCCUGAUCAUGGACUCGGAUACAACCACGACCCAUCUGAGCAUUUUGAUCUUAUCUACCUGCAGCGCAUGAGAACCGAGGAGGAUCGCGUCGCUACCACCGCGUUGUUCGAGAAGAUUUUCGGCCAGCCCUACACUCGCAGCAAGUCGCCCUACUACCACAUGGAUGACAAGCACAUGCAGGUCGGACACUCGCUCUUGCCACGUCGGCACGGUGACACCACCAACGUCCUCGGCAAGGACCUCCAUCUUUUGCAGUCAUUGUUGGCGCCCCUUGAGGGUCUGAUGAAAUGCGUGGAGGUCAACUGGAUGGCCAUCUUGACCGGACCUGCCUCCAGCGGCAAGACCUCGAUCGUCCGUCUAUUGGCCAACUUGACCGGCAACAAGCUGGAAGAGUUCUCCAUGAACUCUGGUGUCGAUACAAUGGAGUUGUUGGGAGGAUUCGAGCAGGUCGAUAUUGCUCGUCACCAGGAGCACAUCAUGUUGGGCCUUUCUCGCCUUGCCAGCCGCGUCUCUCGCGAGAUGAUCCUGAUUAAGAGCCCCAGCCAAGCUAACCCUGUCGCCUACGCCCGCGAGAUCAGCCAGAGUCUCUACCUUUUGCACUCGCAAGACAGGUUCGCUAAACGCAACACCUUCGAGCGUCACCAAGCUGACGACCGCGUCAUGCGCAACAACGCCAUCGAGUCACUCUUGAAUCAGCUCCGUUACUUGGUUCAGGAGUUCAAGCUGGACCUUGACAAAGAGAUCGAGGAGCUCGACGAAAAGUUCAAGGUUCUGCGCGGUCUCGAGGUCACCUCGGUCAGUGGUCGGUUCGAGUGGAUUGAUGGAUCUCUCAUCAACGCUCUGGAGCACGGUCAUUGGCUUUUGAUUGACAAUGCCAACUUAAGCAACCCCUCAGUCUUGGAUCGUCUCAACUCGUUGAUGGAGCCCAACGGUACGUUGAUGGUUAACGAGCGCGGUUUGGUUGACGGCGAGGUCAAGAUUAUCCGCCCUCACCCCAACUUCAGGAUCUUCAUGACUGUCGAUCCCCGUUACGGAGAGUUGUCCCGCGCCAUGAGAAACCGUGGUGUCGAGAUCACGCUGGUUGAUGCCGAAUGGAUCAACAACAGCCAGGACUCGCUCAAGAUAGCCAACACCCUGGGCGUUCGUGGAAAAGGCGUGCCAACGAUGAUCAGCCAGAUCCACCACUACAUCAGGAACUACUACAAGUUGACGAUGCCCUGGAAGACCGUCCACGCCAAGGAUAUGUUGCUCUACACCCGCUUCAUUGUCGAGCGUCUUCAGAGAGGCGAGCCCCUUGAGAUGGCCCUCCGUCAUGGUGUCCAGCAGGUUUAUACCCUCGAGGGGGAGAACCAGCUCGAGCUGCCCACAACCGAGACUUUGGAAGCACCUUCGUUUGUCCUGGAGCCUAGUGCCGGGAAUUCGUUGUCCGUGACCAAUUGCCCUCAUCUUCUCGAGGGACGCAUGUUUGCUCAGGAAUCCAAGUUGGCAACCGUCUCGCUGCAUGGAUCGUACCUGAUGUACCUCCUUCUUUUGGACACACCGGCUGCUCUGACCUGGACUGCCGCACACUAUUUCUUGGAGACGACCUCUAUCCAUGACGCGGACCUUCGCAAGACCUGGAUCCAGAGCUUGUUGGAGACCCGUGACUUGGAGGAUGACAGCAGAGCCCAAGCCCUGAUGGCUGAUCAUAUCUUGACGCAGCUGUCUCAGAGUGCUCUGCUUGCCCGCCUUGCUGACCUCAAGGCAUCCUUGGCUUCAAGACUCGACUUGAACACUCACCUUAUGGCUACUCAGCCUGCGGAUAUGAGAUUGAACCCCGACUUGUUCUGGGCAAUUGACAGACUCUGCCAAUCCGACGAGUUGGCCCAGGAGGAAUGGCUGGAGUACCAGGCGAUCGCUCGUCUGGUCACUCUUUUCAUCCGCGUCAAGAAGCUCGACUACCUUGAGGAGAAGGUCUAUGCUCAGGCACGCGGAAAGAAGCCCAGCACGGUCCAGAUCUCGUAUCUCUACCAGCGCAAACUCUGGGACAAGCCUCUGCAGCACCAAGUCGUUGCCGAGAUCAGCCCCUGUCUGAAUGCCAUCAAGACCAUUGUCACCCAAUGGAUCUCAGACCUGAAUGGACUGAGUGACGAGAAUGCCGCCAAACUUCACUUGUUCCUUGACAAGCGUGACAUGGUCUGGGAAGUUGUUCAGGAGCCCACGGUCAAUGUCGGCGAGCUCAUGAUUUUGGUCAAGAUGAUGACCGAGUCGGGUGAGUUCUUGCUCUCUAUGGCGCCCGAGUUCUUUGGUCCCUUGUUCAGGAGCUUGGACAUCAUGACUGAGGCCAUGGUCCUCACCACCGGAACACUGAUGAAGAGUCUUUGGAGACGUCUUCAUCCUUCCGUCCUGGCCUCUCAAGAGCUUGUCCAAGUCGAGGAAGAGUUGUUGGCCAUCGCUUCAAGCAUCGAUGUUUGGUCUGAUGAGGCUCUUUUGGACAAGGAUGUCUUGGCAAAGGCUAGAGCCAUUGGCAGCAUGCCCGAGUUCAAGGACACCCUUGUUGAUGCCAUUGCCACCUUGUACUUUGUCGACCAAAGCCCUGAGAACGGAGCCGUCUUGCUGAAGACUAUCAAGCAUGUCCCUGCCCAUUUGCAAAAGCAAAUUGAGGGUGUGCGGAAGCAGCAGGAGGGAUUCCCCAAGGUCAAGUCUGCUACCAACCAACAGGCCGCGGAUUUCAUGUACCCUAUCAUGGACUUCUCGAGCUCUGUGACAGAGAUGGCUUUGUUGGCCAAGCUCCAGCAGGCUUUGCCCAAGGGCGUCCAGCUCUCUAGCGCUGUUCUUGAUGAGAUCCGUUCCCUGCACGAAUUCUCACUCAAGAGCACCACACGCUCAGCGACCGACUUUGUUCCCCACAAGCGAUUGAUCUGGGUCUUUGAUUCAGAUACCAAGGGUGUGAAUGAAAACACCCAGGCUGUCUAUAAUCGUUUGGUUCAGGAUGUCUUGCACAACUGGCACGGACGCCUCUGGCACAAUGCCUACAAGGAUGCCAAGUUUGAUUCCUAUGGAGGCAAGGUGUUCAAGGAGGAUGUCCGCGAGUACCCAGCUAUCCAAGGACCUGCCAAGUUGUUCCAGAGCGUGGACACGAUCGCCUAUUUCAACUACUUGACCACACUCCCCAAAGCGGCUAUCAGCUCUAUGGAUGCUCAGCUGGAGCAGACUCGCUCGCUUGUUGCCCAUCAGGCCCGUAGCUCGAAGCGCACCAACCGCGUUGCCGCGUCCUUGAUCAACUUGAUCGCCUCCAUCUGCUUGGUUUUGGAUGUGAUUGUUCAGGUUCACUCAGAGAUUGACUUCUCUGCGCAACGCCAGGCUCUGGAUUCGUUGGUUGCUACUCUCAGCACUACCACUCGCCAGGGCCAUGCCUUUGAGGCCGAUCUGUCGACCCUGUUGCAGUUCAACCAGAGCACUGUCUCGCUCAAGCCCUCCUCCGUCGGUCGCCAUCUCGCCCUCUCGAUCUCCCACCUGGUUCAUUCUAUUCAGUUCUACCAGAUCAUCGGUGACAACGAGAUUCAGCUCCAGAGCCACCACGGCAAGGCCUGGGUUCACAUCGGACUGACCUUCAUGGCCCUCUAUGUCCCCGACUACUCCUUGGAUCCCACAGCCAAGCCCCGCCUCAUGCUCCAUGCCCUUCGUAUGAAGCAAGAGGAACUCCAGUCUGAGAUUAAGGUCCGUCAGGAUAUCGAGGCUUCCUUCACCGGAUCGCAGGAGAACGUUGUUAUUCUGGAGAAGAUCAAGGAGUUAGCUCGCGUCGAGUACGAGAUUGAGCACUUUGCGUUGGAUGUUGCCCUUCGUCCCGCAAAGUCUCAGCUCGAGGAGUUGUUCAAGCAAGUUUGGCAAAUUCAGAAGGCUGCCGUCAACGUUGAUUCGAUCUCUACUCUUCUGGAGAAGGUCGAGACCAUCAAGGACGGCUCCCAGUUUGACCAAGAGAAGCUGUUCCAGGACAUCACCCACGAGUUCAUUCGUCGCAACGGCCAAAAGUUCCGUGCCUACCGCGAUAUUCUGCAGCCCUUGGUUGUCGCUGUCUACCAGGUCAAGUUUGGAGUCCGUCUCAUUGCCUCCGCCAACGCCUUGGCCGAUCAUCAGGACCGCGAUGCCUUGGAGUCCAUUGUCACGUGCUUGGUUCGCGUCCCUGACUACCACGUCGAGAACUCGGACAAGAUGGACUCGCUUCAUGUCGUGACCCAGCCUGCAACCCUUGCGGUUGUCAAGCGCACCGUCUUCGACAAGGAUGUCGUGUCGAAGCCCUGGUCGUUCUACCUCAAGUACCUCAUCACUGCUCUUCAACAUCAGCGUCGUGAAGUUGCUGCCACUGGUAUCCUCAACAAGGCCUCCAUCGAUACCCUCGACAACCUCUUUGCCGAGGUCACUAAUAUUUGGACCAAGGGAGAGGAACAUGCUGCAAAGAUGGCGAUUGAGCAAGAGUCGCUCUACAAGCAGCGUGUCAACAAGUACGAGGGAAUGGAUGAUGAUGCUAUCGAUGAGGCCACCUUCAAGGAGAUGUUCCCCGAUUUCGCCGACGACUUCAAGGCGCCGGACGAGAGCAUGACCAUUCCUGACGAUGAGGCCAAGGAAGCUGCCGCCCCGGCGGUCGAAGAGAAGACUUUUGACGAGAAGGAUGUCACCCUGAUCGGAAAGCUUCACAAGACCGUCUUCAGCGGCGCCGAGCUCGACAGGUGCUCGGGCCAAGUCAUGAACGCACAGGAGCGUCGCUCUCUCAUCUGGGCCUGGUACAACCGUGCCUCCGAGUUGGCUGAUGUCAGCGAGUGCGCCUUUGGACAUCAACUGGAUGCUGCCUCCCAGGGUGCUCACCUUCUCUCGAGUGCUUUGAUGGAGGACUGGCUGACCGGCAAGGACAACAACUACUGGUCUUCGGAGCCCACCUACGAUUUCUACAAGGAUCAGCGUGUUGCCGAGGUCGUCAGAAUCGUCCCUAUUCUGCAGAAGCUCCGUAACCGCCUCGAGGGCAUUCUCUCCGUUUGGUCUGAGCACGCCAUCCUCGAGUCCCUGAUCGAGUUCUGCGACAAGCUCCUCGUCUUCCCCAUGGACUCGCCCGUGGCCAAGAUUCUUGCUGGAAUUGAGGUCCUUUUGCUCAAGACGGAAGACUGGCAGAUCAACGCCAGUCGCGAAUACUCUGUCCUGGAGAACCAAGACGAGCUCAAGGUCUUGAUUAUCUCCUGGAGACAACUGGAGCUGACAUGUUGGCCCAAGCUGUUGGAGAUCCAAGACAAGAACCAAGCAGAGAGCGUCUUCUCCUGGUGGUUCCACUUCUACGGUUCUAUCGUCAAGCCUACCCGCGAUAUGGACCUUGCACUGGACGACGGCCACGAGGUCGAUGUCUCUGCUCAUGUCAAGGCUUUGUUGGGGGUCCUGGACCAGUUCCUUCAGGCAUCCACAGUCGGAGACUUUUUGCCUCGCAUGGAUCUUUUGACGUCUUUCCAUCGUCAUCUCCAGAUCCGUGGCGACCUCACUCUCGCCGAGCGUCGUCAGCGCCACAAGCAAGGUACUCUGGAGGUUGUUCACGAUGCUGUCGCCUCCAAGGUUGCGGAUGCCAUCUGGAACGUUCACCAGUACUACAUGCAGUUUACUGAGAAUGUCGAGACCUAUGUCGCGACUUUGAAGAAGCCCAUCGAGAAGGAGAUGAAGGAGCACGUCAAGAUUGCCAGCUGGAAGGACACCAACAUCCACGCUCUCAAGGCCAGUGCUCUCAAGACCCAUCGCCGUCUCAACAAGUUGUUGCGAAAGUAUAGAGACAUCCUCAGGAAGCCCUUGACCGACAUCAUCAACGCCUACAAGUCGGAGACGCCUGUCGUUCACGCCAACAAGAAGGGACAGGUGUUCGAGAUCAUUCAGCCCAACACUGACAUUUGGAUCACCAAGACCAACAUGUUGACCGAUGUCCCCGAAUCGGCCCGCAAGGUUUUGGAGAACUCUAUUUCUCCCAGCACAAGCGAGACGCUCCUCAACUUGGCCACCACUUUUGGUCGUCUUAAGAAGAUUGCCUCCAAGAGCAUUGUUCUCCCCAGCUCCGACAGCGAACCCUUGGAAGAGCUUUGUGGCGACAUUAUCCAGCAGAUUGAGGACUUCCAGAAGGACACCCCCUCCAAGAUGACCGAGGAGAACAAGAGCCAGCUCAAGAACUUGAAGUCCAUCCGCAAGCGUGCUUUGGUCGACUUGUUGAAGCUCUUGCAGAGACUCGGUCUGAACCGCCAUCGCAUGGUUCGCCUCGAGGAGGACCUUUUGGGAUAUGUCUUCCACCUGCCACCUACCGAGAUCCAGGACAUCGAGGCCCAGGCCAAAUUGGACGACAACGUCAUCCCUGCCAGCUCCCAAGUGGCCCAGCUCUGGAAGAAGUCUGACGAUUACUUCUACAGGAUCGUCGCCCGUAUGAUGCAGCUCCGUGCCCUCUCCCAGCAGCCUCCCAAGGAUAUCACUGUGGUUGAGGCCGAGAAGGGUCGCGGUUACACUGAGCAUCUCGUCAACCUCGUUAUUGAGCAACGCCAGGAGCUCCAGUCGAUGAAGACCGCUAUGGACACUAUCCGUGGAGUCGCUGCCCAGUUUGAGGCCAUCUUUGGCCUGCCCAAGGACAAGUCCGUCUCCCUCAAUGGAAGCGGUGUACAGGGACUAAUUCAGCACAAGGCCGCCUUGGAUAAGCUCCUCGAUGUCUUUGGCGACUCUUUGCUCGUCUUUGAGGCCGUUGUCCGCCACUCGACCUCGACGGUCCGUGGUCAGAUGUUGACCCUGAUGCAGUCUUCCUUUGCCAAGGCCAAGGCUCUCAAGCUCGCUUCCGAUAAGAUCAUCGGUCAGUGGUUCCUUAACCCCCAGGUCGCUGGAGGUGUUUCCCCUAUCCUCGCCAGCUCGACCCUCGAAGCCCUGUCCCAGAGCCUGGAUGCUGUUCAUGAUAUUGAGCAGACCUUGACGACCGUUUUGGAACAGAUGCCCGAAACCCACUGCAUCAUUGCUCCUCUUCUCUGCCAGAUUUCCGAGUCCUUCCCAAGCCAAUGGUUGUUUGACCAGCCUGUUGAAGCCGAACUGACCUUGGAAGGCAACGAGCCUGUCCGCCAGCUCGUCCAGGAGAUUAACGACGAAAUUGAUGGAUGCCUGACCUUUGUUCUUUUGAGGGUUCAGGAUCUGAGCAAGAAGGCCAAGGCCGCCGCCGCCGCCGCUGCUGCUGCCACUACUGCCGCCCCAGGUGCAGAGGAUGCUACCGCCGAGAAGACUGAGGAUGAGGACGACGAGAAGGACGAGUACGGCAUGCCCGAAAAGUUCAUCACGACCGAGAACAAGAAGUUCGUCGCCAUGCACCGUGCCCUGAACAUGGAGUCGAUCAUCCGCCGUACCCAGUCGAUCAACCAAAAGAUCCAGCAGUUGGUCCAGCACCAUGCUCAGCACUCGGGCGCCCUUCGUCCCGAACACCGUGCCGCUGCCGAAGCCAUGGUCACGUUGCGACUCCAAGAGCUCUACCCAUUCAUCCAGCAGUAUCUGUUCCUGGCCCAACACCACCUCUUCCACUUUGUCCAGUACCACAAGACUAUCAACAAGCUGACCUAUGUCCUCUGCAACACCUUCUCGAUCCUCUUCAGCAAGGGCUUCUGCAUUCCAGAGAUGGAGCAGGAGAUGAAGGAGGGCGAGGAGGAGAGCAAUGUUGCAGGCACUGGUAUCGGCGAUGGUGAGGGUGGAAAGGAUGUCAGUGACGAGAUUGAGGAUGAAGAACAGGUCCUUGGUACUCAGAACGACAAGAAGCAGGACGAGGAUGAUAAGAAGGAGACCGAGGAAGAAGACAAGGGUAUCGAGAUGGAGAACGACUUUGAAGGCAACAUGGAGGAUGUCGAGCCCAGUUCUGAUCAGGAUGACGAUGAUGAGGACGAGGAUGAAGAAGACAAGGAGGAUCCUGAUGAGGCCAUUGGCGAUGUCGACGACGAUAACCCCGAGGCCAUCGAUGAAAAGAUGUGGGGAGACGAUGAGGCCGAGGACGCGCGCGAUAACGACAAGAUGAUUGACGAGGACAAGUCUACGGAGAACAACGAACAAGAGUCGGAUAUGGUUGCCAAGGACGAGGAAGACUCGGGCAAGAAAGACGACAAGAAGAAAAACAAGAAGGAGGAGAAGAAGGAGCAAGGCAAGGAUGACGAGCAGGCUGAGGCUCAGGAGGGUGGCGACGAAGAAAAUAACGACGAGGCACCCCAGGAGGACGACGAUGCUGAGGAAGAGGAGUUCGAGGAUCACAACGAUGAGGAAUCCGCCGAGCACAAACCCGACGACCAACAGCAAGUCGAGAUUCCCGAGGCCGAGACUCUGGAAUUACCUGACGACCUGAACCUUGACGGAGACGAAAAGGAGGGUGACGAUGGCGAUGAUGAGGGUCCAGAUGAUGAGCCCUUCCAGGACCAGAUGGACGUUGAAGAACAGUCGUCGAAGGACAAGAAGGAGGAUGGAGGUGACGAUGAAGAGGAUGAUGAGGAAGCCGAGAAGGAGGGUCAAGAGACCGCUUCUGGCGAGAAGCCUGAGGAUGAGGAGAUGGAGGGUCCAGAAGAUGAGGACUCUGAGAUGGCCGAGCCACCAGUUACUGGCGACGAGGAGAAGGAAGGCGAGGAGAAGGAGGAGGAAGAGGAUGAUGAGGAAUCUCGCGACGACUCUCGCCAGCGCCCCAACGAGGAGGCUCGAUCGAAGAUGGAGGAGAACAAGCAGGAAGAGGACGAGGACGAGGAGGAGGAGGACGACGUCAAGGCUUCUGAGCAGGAAGAACAGCCUGAUCAGGAUGCUGAGGCGAAGCAGGAGUUUGGUGUCGAAGGCGAGCAGGGCAAGGCGAACUCGAGCGAAAACCCCAAGGCUGAGGACGAAAGCCAGCGUUCCAUGGAGAGUGCCCCAACUUCGUCCAAGUCAGACCCCAACAUGGACGAUCAGCAGGAUCAGCAGAACAAGCCCCAGGAACGUGGCGACGAUUCGCAGAAGGAGAGCCGGCCCUCGAAUGAAGACAACAACGAGAAGCCCAAGAAGCGGGAGACCAACCCUCAUCGAUCCUUGGCCGAGGCUCUCAAGAACUGGAAGCAGAAGUUGCAGGAUCUGACUGACCCCGAUGAGGAGGAAGAGGCGGAUGAGGAGAAGCCCGCAGAAGAAAAGUCGAACGAUGAGGAGCAGAAGGAAGGAGAGGAGAUGGAGGUCGAUGAGGACCAAGCAUUCGAAUACCUCCAGAACGACGACGAGGCUCACGAUAUGGAGACCAUGGGCAACGCCAACGAGCAGCAGAUGCAAGAUCGCAACAAGGAUCUGGCUGCCAUUGACGAGGAGCAGACGAAGGAGGACGAGAAGGACGACAAAGUUGCAGACAUGGAUGUCGAUCCUCAGGAGGAAGACGUCAACAUGGAUGAGGGUCCCGAAGACCAGAAGCCUAAGGUCGAUGAGGAGGCGAUGGAGGAGGCCAAGCCCGAGAACUCAGCCGGCGCAUUCUUCUCUCAACGCAUGGACAAGCGCAAGGAGAACAAGGACGAUGCAGAGGAUGAGAACGACGAGAUGAAGCGUGAUAAGGACCGUAUGUCUGACGCCCACGAGCCGCUCAAGCCCGAGGAAAUCGAGCAGUUGCGCCAACAAUUGGAGGUGUCGCUCGGCGACUGGCGUUCGACCGGCAGGGAUCCCAAGGACGCACAGGCUCUCUGGCAAAAGUACGACAACCUCACUCAGGACCUCGCCCUCGGUCUUUGCGAGCAGCUGCGUUUGAUUCUGGAGCCCACUCAGGCAACCAAGCUGAAGGGAGACUACCGUACCGGAAAGCGCCUGAACAUGAAGAAGAUCAUUCCCUACAUUGCGUCUCAGUUCAAGAAGGACAAGAUCUGGCUCCGCCGCACCAAGCCCUCCAAGCGCCAGUACCAGGUCAUGAUCGCCAUCGAUGACUCGACGUCCAUGUCGGAGUCUCACUCUGUCCAGCUUGCCUAUGAGGCCCUUGCUUUGAUCUCAAAGGCGCUCUCCCAGCUUGAGGUCGGUGAGAUCGGUAUCAUGUCCUUUGGAGAGCGUGUUGACCUUCUUCACCCGUUCGACCAACCCUUCACCGGUGAGGCAGGAGCCAAGGUCCUGCAGCGGUUCGGAUUCGACCAGUCCAAGACCAAAGUCAAGGAUAUGAUGGAGUCGUCUAUUGCGCUUUUGCAGCAUGCCAAGAUGAACCAGUCUGGAGCAUCUCGGUCGCAGGAGUUGUGGCAGCUGCAGAUCAUUAUCUCGGACGGUAUCUGCGAGAGCCACGAGACAUUGAAGGCAUUGGUCCGCCAGGCUGCAGAGCAGCAGAUCAUGCUGAUCUUUAUCAUCCUCGACAACAAGCCCGAGAAGGAGUCGAUCAUGAAGAUGACGACUGCCAGCUUCACGUCGGUGAAUGGCAUGCCCAAGUUGUCGCUGAACCCUUACCUCGAGACGUUCCCCUUCGACUACUACGUCGUCCUGCAGAACAUCAACAGUCUGCCCGAGACCCUUGCUGAUGCCCUUCGUCAGUACUUUAGCUUCAUCUCGUCUUAA